UUCGAACGACGCACGCGACAGCCAAUCAUCUUUCAUUACGUUUCGCGAGAAACAGAGUUGAUUGGCCGCUGAGGAUAUCAUUUCUCUAGUGACAAAAAGAAAUGCCCUAACAAGGCAACUAUCUCUCUCACUUGUGAAAAUUCAGCUCUUUUCGAGAGGACGCUCGGUCCGUCUGCAAUGCUGUCGAUUGAUGCUCAACAUUGCGCGGGAAAUUGAGCGAUUACGCACAUAUGUGCUCCAUCUUUUUCAAACUUCGAAGAGUUCCGAGGAGUCGGGAAUAAAGGAUUACAGCCUCUGUCAGCGAUGUCGAGUCCCAUGAGACCGCCGAGGACUCCCGUCCCGCAGGACGACAAUGCCUCGACGAACGGCACACCGAGGCGACAACCUCGCACGCCGCCCUCCAGAGCUGCCUCGAUCGUCGGGACGCCCAGCACCGUCGGAUCCGCGUCCACCAGACAAGGCACGCCGCAGAGGAGGACAGGCAACAAUCCAGUGGACACUCCGCUACGAUGGGGCGGCCGUCGCACCCACGAAACCAUCGCACCCUCGUCGGAGGAUCUCUCCUCCGUGCCGAUAUCUUCGCCGACGAUAGCCGUGCAGACGAGUCCUCUCGCCGCAGGCAUGAGCGAGAUAGAGCUGUCGUCUCCGUUGAAUUACGGAACUCCCAGCUCUCUGGCAUCAGUGCGCACCCCGCGCAGCGGUAUUCGGGGUACACCCGUUCGACAGAGGCCGGACGUCCAGUCUGACAGGCGUAUGCGACAAGUCAACUUGGCCGAGCCAAUACCGGAGGAGCCCAACGGUCAGAGAACAUCAGAGAGCGAGAGCGGUCCGCAGCUAGUAAUCUGGGGCACAAAUGUGGUGGUGGAUCAAUGUAAGAAGCAAUUCAAGCGAUUUAUUCUGCGCUUUAUCGAUCCGGAAGCAGAGAAUGAUGAGCUGCCGGAGAACAUGAAUCUGUCGGAUCCGCUUUACCUGCAAAAGCUCGAGGAGAUACAUACGCUGGAAGAACCUUACUUGAACGUGAACUGCGCCCACCUCGAGGCGUUCGACGAACAACUUUUCCACCGAUUAGUCUGCUAUCCGCAAGAAGUGAUACCGGCUUUCGACAUGACCGCAAACGAAAUGUUCUUUGAGAAGUAUCCAGCCGCAGUAUUGGACCAUCAGAUUCAAGUGCGACCGUUCAACGUUACGAGAACGAGAAGUAUGCGUCUGCUGAAUCCGGAGGACAUUGAUCAGCUGAUCACGAUCAACGGAAUGGUCAUCAGAUCGUCGAACAUUAUACCGGAGAUGCGCGAGGCCUUCUUCAAGUGCAUCGUGUGCUCCUUCACGGCGACCGUGGAGAUCGACAGAGGUCACAUAGCCGAGCCGACGGUGUGCACGCACUGCAACAACAAUUACUGCUUCAACUUGAUACACAACCGCAGCCACUUCUCCGACAAGCAAAUAAUCAAGCUGCAAGAAUCGCCGGACGACAUGCCGGCGGGUCAAACUCCGCACACGGUGCUGCUCUUUGCGCAUAAUAAUUUAGUCGACGCCGUCUCACCGGGUGACAGGGUCUCCGUCACCGGCAUAUAUCGCGCCUUGCCGAUGCGCGUGAAUCCACGAAUGUCGAAUGUACGAGCGAUCUACAAAACGCACGUCGACGUCGUCCAUUUCAGAAAACAAGAUUCCAAACGAUUGUACGAGCAAGAGGAGGGCAAAGACCAUGUGUUUCCACCAGAGAGAGUGGAGCUGUUGAAGCUGUUGUCGCAGAAGGAAGACGUGUACGAACGAUUGGCGCGACACAUCGCGCCCAGCAUUUACGAGAACGAGGACGUCAAGAAGGGAAUAUUACUGCAAUUGUUGGGUGGCACUAAGAAAGAACAAAGCAAAUCGAGUAAGAAACACUUCCGGUCCGAAAUUAAUAUACUCUUGUGCGGAGAUCCGGGAACGAGCAAGUCACAAUUGCUCCAAUUUGUUUUCAAUCUGGUGCCGCGCUCGCAGUACAGCAGCGGAAAAGGUUCCAGCGCCGUCGGCUUAACCGCUUUCGUCACAAAGGAUCCGGAAACUCGACAAUUAGUGCUGCAAACCGGCGCCUUGGUGCUCGCCGACAACGGUAUCUGUUGCAUCGACGAGUUCGACAAAAUGAACGACAGCACGCGCUCCGUGCUGCACGAAGUUAUGGAGCAGCAGACGCUGAGUAUCGCGAAAGCGGGCAUCAUUUGUCAGCUGAACGCGAGGACCAGUAUUCUAGCAGCGGCGAAUCCUUCCGAGUCGCAGUGGAAUAAAAAUAAGACGGUGAUAGAAAACGUCAUGCUGCCGCACACAUUGAUGUCACGUUUCGACUUAAUAUUCCUCAUGCUGGAUCCUCAGGACGAGUUGUUCGACAGGAAGCUCGCCAGACACCUGGUGUCGCUGUAUUACAAAUCGGAUCUCGAGGAAGAAGACGAUAUAGUGGACAUGAGCAUCCUGCGCGACUACAUAGCUUACGCAAAGGAGCACGUUCGUCCUGCUCUCAACGAGGAGAGCCAGCAGAGGCUGAUCCAGGCUUACGUCGAUAUGCGUAGAGUGGGAAGCGGCUACGGACAAAUCUCGGCCUAUCCGAGGCAGCUGGAGUCGUUGAUAAGACUCUCCGAAUCGCACGCCAAGAUGCGGUUCAGCAAUGUGGUGGAAAUCGUGGACGUCGAAGAAGCUUGGAGGUUGCACCGGGAGGCCCUGAAGCAAUCCGCCAUCGAUCCGCUGAGCGGCAAAAUCGACAUCAGUAUCUUAACGACCGGUAUGUCGUUGGCGGCGAGGAAACGCAGGCAGGAACUGGUCGAAGCGCUGAAGAAGCUCAUUAAGGAGAAAGAUAAAGCGCCGACGCUGAAUUACCAGAAGAUUUUCACGGAACUGAAAGAAUCAUCCAAUGUGCUGGUGACACGCGAAAUGUUUGAAGACGCUCUGAGAGAGCUGCAAGAUAACGGUGUGGUGAUUGUGACUGGCAAAAAUGCCAUUCGUGUGUGUUAGAACUGUUUCGAAUGACGUUCCUUAGGAUACUCCUAGGCUAAAGGUAUCACGCAAAGAUAAAUUAACAAUUCGGUUUGGUUCUGUGAAUCUUGCGAGAGGGUUGACACUGAUUGCAAACAUAUUUUUUAUAAACUCAUCACUUGUAAAGCGUUACAAAUGAGCUGAACGGAAAAAUUGCAAUUUGCGCAAAUUGCAAUCUUUGCGUUCAGUAAAACAAACAAUAUGUGAAGUAUUUUUGUAAUACAAUGCUUCUUUUUGGGUCUUUUUACUGCGUGACUUUUGAAUUCACUUUGAUAAAUGCAAAAAAAUUAUUUUAUAUUCGUCGCAACGGGAGUUUUAAUUAGCAGCGAUAUCAAAAUUAUUUAUAUACAUAGGUCAUUAAAAAAGUUCUCGGAAUGGAAAAACGACAUGUCUUUUUAAAAUGAUUUUUAUUUUCUUCUCGAGUGUUAUUUCUAUAUUUCAAUUCUUUUAGUGUCUCAGAAAAUCGAUACCAUUACUUUUAUAGCUGAUAAAACGAGCUUGGCUUUCUUUGUGAGAAUUUAUAUGUGUUCCAUUGUUUUAAUUUUUGUUUUGCUUCUAACGUAUAGUGGCGGACUCAAGUUUUAUUUGUAAUUACAAAUCGACGCACAAAAUCGGUUGUAUUCUUUUUUAACAGCCCGAUCGUUCUUGAGAAAUUUGCGUUUAAAUGGAUUUUUCAUUAAUUAGCAAAUGCAGCAUUCAUCGUGCAGAAAGCAUUUUCAUUCAUAAUUCAUCGGUUAAAAUAUGAAACGCAUUUUAUCUAAAAUGACUGUUGCGAUUUCAGAAAUGUUUAUUCCACGUUUCUUUCAAAUCUACAUUCAUGCCAUUUCAUUCCGAGAACUUCAGAUGACAUACUAAAUAUUAAAAGGACAUGUAGGAUUGUAUAUUAAAGGGACAUGUUGUUUUGUAUUUUCGCAGUUUUAUAUAUAUAUACACAUACACAGAAAAUUC